GGAAGGGCAAAGUGCAAGGUAAAGUGAACUUUCCCAACGACAGUGGAGGGCUACCUCCUCGUCGAUCUUGUGCAUUUUUACGCCAACAUAUUCCAUCUAGAGCCCUAACGAGGGUCAAGGAAGAUCUCUCAAGUGACCGCUGUCGAUGGAAAAAUAUCUUGAAAGGAUCGAACGAUUAAUCUAAGGUAACUUACUUCAUCGAUAUUGACUCGCGAUCGAACAAAAUGAUUCCUGAUUCACGUCUCAUACCUGGAAGUGUAAAGGCCUUGGUGUUCGACUGCGAUGGAACUCUUGUUGAUACGAUGCCGAUCCACUGGAGAGCAUGGUGCAAAAUAUGCAACGAAACUGGUCUUGUCUUUCGCAAGAAAGACUUUUAUACUCUAGCGGGUGUGCCCGGUAAAAAAAUUAUCAAUGUCCUGGCAAAGCAGCAAGGAAUCAAGCUAGAUCCAUGCGCUAUUUACGACCAGAAAAGGAAAUACUUUCUAGAAGGACUAACGUCUGUUACAGCGAUCCAGUGUGUUGUUCGAUUCGCUCAAGAAGCCCAUAAAGUGGGAAUUCCAACCGCCGUUGCUUCGGGAAGUUCGCGCGCCCAAGUGCAGAAAGGUAAGGGAUCGAUAAGUUUGAGCUUGGUGUUUUAACUACCUGUCUGUAAAUAUUGUAAAUUAAGUUAACCAAAGCUGUAGAAAAUUCUUUAGAAUGUCUUUUUCUUAACAUUCUAUUUGGGAAUUUUUGAUAAAUUCGUGUGUACUUUCAAGCAGUUUCAAUGCCAUGUUAAAGGCGGUAGCUGCCGCCGCCCCCGGCAUACCCUCUUGGGAGAUUGUUUUGAAUUGUAUAUGAUCAUUUCUCGGGUACUUUAGUACGAUCUAGUCAGAGUAAUGCUUUCUAGAGAGUUACCUUUCUUAAGGGAAGAAGUUUUUGGCGUGUAUUUUACUUCCAGCUCAUCAUUUUACCUACAAUGUUCAAAGCGAAACGCACGAGUUCAAAGUCCACAUAAUUACAAAGGCAUCUUUCGUGUUCUUUUGAGAGACAAAUAUUUUGCAUAUAUUUUGAAGUAAAAAGGAUUUUUAUGUUAAAGGACCGUUUCAUUCUCCUCUAUGAUCGUUUUUGUUGGAAAUUUAUAGUUAUUUUUGACAACUUUGAUUUGGAUGCGCUUCGCUGGGGAAACAAAAUUUGUUGUUCCGUGUUUUCAUCCGACGAUGACUCUGCGAUUGGAAAAUUCAUGAAGGCGUGUUGGGGGUGUGUGCCAGUUCCGCGAUCUGAUUGGUUAGCGCACCAGGUGGUUCGAAGGUUUGUAAACAUUUCGAGUCGUUUUGCACGUAAAAUCCCAGUGAAAGAAACUGCGUGAAAUUACCCCUAAAAUGUGGAUAUCUCAAUAUUUUUUUUGUGUUUCUAUCAAAUCAAGAACUUUACUUGAUAUUUAGGUGCAAAAUUCAUUAAGAUGUGUAUUUUUCAACACGGGACGUGACAAAUACAUGUAUGUUUAUAGUUUAUUUCAACUCGUAUUUUCGUAAAUUAUUCAACGACACUAGGACUUUCCUAAUUUUGGUUUAAAGCAACAGUAAAAAACAAUUUUACUUACAAAAAAUUUUAAGAUUUUUGUAACUAAACUUAAGUUUUAAAGAAAGAACCUUCAGUAAAGUGAACUGAACAAAAGGAAACCGGUCGUUUCGAUACAAAUUCGCGUCGUUUUGAAACUACACAGAGAUUUCGAUCAUCAAGUAUAGUUAGCGGGCGAUCAAGAGGAAAACAUGAAUUUUCCUCGUUCUUAAAGCCAACUACGCGAGACUAUUUCUACCUCGACUGAAUAGAGCAAAAGCCUGAGCAAUAGGGAGUUAAAGCAGUCUCACGUAUGGCGAAGGCAACGUGAACAAGUCAAAGGUAUUAGGUUCGUAACCGGUUCAGUAAGCAAAACCACAAUUUUACAUACGUAUCACGCGUUUUGCUACGUCUCUUUGCCGUCACUGCACCACUACAACGUGAAAUUUCCUAAAGUGUCGUUUUGUGAGCUGCUUAAACACACCGGGAAAGACAUUUAAGCGAGCUGAAAUAAUCGCGUGAAAGUUCAAAUGGACGUGAAUGGGUUUCUUAAAGUCUUUUAUUUCUGUUUCACCCAUGGGUGCGUCUAACUCUUUAGAAAAACGACAAUGAUAUAUUUUUUUUAUUUUCACCUGUUUGUUCAUUUUUUUAUAUCAGCUCUCAAGCUAGCUGGAAUUGAUCACUUAUUCGAUGUAGUAUUGGGCAAUGAAGAUUACACAGAGCACAAGCCAAAGCCUGAUGCGUUCACUACAGCAGCUAAGCGACUAGGAGUCAGCCCAGAAGAAUGUUGGGGUUUUGAGGAUACGUAAGUCAGAUUUCAAUCUGAAAGAUGUGGGCUUGUUUGUUUAUGUGCCGGUUCAACUUAAGUUAUUGAAAAUCUUUCAACUUUGAAUGAUUAUUUUGAUGCUAGAAUUUUAGCCUAGGGGCCCUGGAAUAUUGGCUUGCUGAUCCAAUAACCCAUGUAUUUUCUCGUUUCAGUACUUUAAAUUAAGUGCUUUUGUCAAUGGCUUUAUUAAUAUUGUUUUUGGCUUUGUUACAAAAGGACCUACCCCACGGUAUCAGAGGUUUUUUUGUUUAUUUCACCUGGAUAUUUUGAAAACAGACCUCUGUAGCAAUUAAGCACCAUGAGGCAAACAAAAAUUAUAUAUGCAUGUAUGAUCAAACUUUAUACCCCUGACUCCUGACUAGCCUUGUUUCUUAAAAUAAAAUGAAGGAUUUGAAUAUUGAUUUUAAUUCUAUGACCAAUGCAGUGUCAUCAAUCGCAAUUCAUAAUAGGAAAGACCACAAAACUCUUUGAUUUAACAGCUGGUGGCUGUACUCUCACCUUGGCACAAUAUCAAAAGUUGACAUCACUGAACAGAUCUUUAAUCCCAAGUUUCAAGUGGCUGCAAAAUAUUUUGAAUGUGAUUCACUGUUGAUCGUCGAUCAGCAUUCACUAAUUUGCUUGUAUUUAUUUCCUAGGGACAUUGGUCUAGAAGCAAUUAGACAAGCUGGAUUUUACAGAGUAAUUGAUGUUCGACAAAUGGAGGGUUAUCCUACCAGAACAGAUGAGAAUGGACUCAUGAUCCAAAAUCCUGCCAAUGAAUUUCACAACCUAAGAUAUAGAGCCUUCACUAUGUAA